UCAAGUUUUGAUUUUGCUCAGUGAUAGGCGCAGACAUACGUAACCGCCGCCCGGCGGCGAGGCGGCUAGCAACCGGAAAUGCGCCUGCUCUGUACGACGUGUGCACGCACAGCCGUACACAGAGCUGCAGCAACGCUCAUACACAGUCAAAAGGAGAAAGUGCAACUGAUAAUUUUCCAUUGGAAUUUUGGCCGAGGACGGCAUUGACUCGUGAAUAUUUGAAUCUGAUGAUGAGCCUGAUGAAAUUGUGUUUCUUUUGACGAAAUUCCCACUCUUCUCCCUUUUAUAAAUCACAGCUCCGACGCUGGAGCGUAGAAAUGUAAAAGCUGAUCCUUAUAAUUUGUUGUGGAAGAAGUACUGUGUGGACUUUUGUUUCUACAAGCCAAUCGUUGCAUAAAACUUGGAAGGUUGGAUUUGCACCUCUAUUUGACAGCAGUUGAUUGACUGACUUGACAUCCAAAUUCAAUACGGGAUUAGCGUUGUCGAAAGCGCUGACAAGAAGCCUGCCACAUCUGCUUCUUGCUGUGGUGGGGUGCAGCGAAAGACUUGAGAGAGAGGUCUGCGUCAGUUCCCCGGGGGUCCUCCCUCCUCUGUGAUCUGUCCAUCUCUGUAGCGGCCAUGGAGUCGCUGAUCCCCGUGAUCAACAAACUGCAGGACGUCUUCAACACCAUCGGCGCCGAGGCCAUCCACCUCCCGCAGAUCGUCGUCGUCGGCAGCCAGAGUUCGGGGAAGAGCUCGGUGAUCGAGAGCCUGGUGGGGCGGGACUUCCUGCCGCGCGGCCCGGGCAUCGUGACGCGGCGCCCGCUCAUCCUGCAGUUGGUGCACGUGCCCAAGGACAGCAAGGAGCACCGCCGCGCCGAAGACGGUACUUUGGCCACCGCGGAAUGGGGGAAAUUCCUGCACACCAAAGACAAAAUCUACUCGGACUUCUCCGAAAUCCGCGCCGAAAUCGAGCGCGAGACGGAGCGCAUGUCCGGCGCCAACAAGGGAAUAUGUCCGGAACCCAUCAGUCUGAAGAUCUUCGCCUCCAACGUGGUCAGUCUGACCCUGGUGGACCUCCCGGGGCUGACGAAGGUGCCGGUGGGUGACCAGCCCGAGGACAUCGAGGUGCAGAUCCGCGAGAUCAUCCUCAAGUACAUCAGCAACCCCAACUCCAUCAUCCUGGCCGUCACGCCCGCCAACACCGACAUGGCCACCUCCGAGGCCCUCAAACUGGCCAAGUCCGUCGACCCCGACGGACGCCGCACGCUGGCUGUGAUCACCAAGCUGGAUCUGAUGGACGCCGGGACGGACGCCAUGGACAUGCUGUGCGGCCGCGUCAUCCCCGUCAAGCUGGGCAUUGUGGGCGUGGUCAACCGCUCGCAGGCCGACAUCAAGAGCAACAAGAACAUUGAGGAGUCGCUGAAGGACGAAGGCGCCUUCCUGCAGCGCAAGUACCCCGCCAUUGCCAGCCGCAACGGCACCUCGUAUCUAGCCAAAACGCUCAAUCGGCUGCUGAUGCACCACAUCCGCGACUGCCUCCCGGAGCUGAAGACGCGCGUCAACAUCCUGUCCUCGCAGUUCCAGAGCGUCCUCAACUCUUACGGCGAGGCCGUCUCCGACAAGGGCCAGACGCUGCUGCAGAUCGUCACCAAGUUCGCCGCCGCUUACUGCCAGACCAUCGACGGCACCGCCAAGAAUAUCGAGACGGCGGAACUGUGCGGCGGCGCCCGCAUCGCCUACAUCUUCCACGAGACCUUCGGCAAAGCCCUGGAGUCGGUGGAUCCGCUGGGCGGCCUCUCGCAGCUGGACAUCCUCACCGCCAUUCGCAACGCCACGGGUCCGCGGCCGGCGCUGUUCGUACCGGAAGUGUCGUUUGAACUGCUGGUUAAAAGGCAGAUCCGCCGUCUGGAGGAACCGAGUCUGCGCUGCGUGGAGCUGGUGCACGAGGAGAUGCAGCGGAUCGUGCAGCACUGCGGCACCGAGAUACAGCAAGAGAUGCUGCGCUUCCCGCACCUGUACGAGCGCAUCAUGGACGUGGUGACGUCGCUGCUGCGGCAGCGCCUGCCCCCCACCAACACCAUGGUGGAGAACCUGGUGGGCAUCGAGCUGGCCUACGUCAACACGCGUCACCCCGACUUCCACGACGCCGCCGCCCUGGUGGGCGCCCUCCUGCGCGACCCCCUGCGCUCCGCCGCCGAGGCGCCGACGCACCCGCUGCCGGGGCGGGCGCACGUGUCGGCGCUGGAGCAGCACCCGGGCGACAGUCAGGAGAGCAAGACCGGCGUCACCCCCAACGGCCUGCCGCCCGGGGGCGGGCUGAACGUCCUGAUGGCCGCCGGGGCGGGUGACGGGGUCCGCGCCGCGCCGCAGCCCUUCUCGCCCAUGAAGGGCGUCAACCUGCUGCCGGAAGUGCCGUUGGCGGCGGGCGCCCGCAAGCUGUCGCCCCGCGAGCAGCGCGACUGCGAGGUGAUCGAGCGGCUGAUCCGCUCCUACUUCCUGAUCGUGCGCAAGAGCAUCCAGGACACGGUGCCCAAGGCCGUCAUGCACUUCCUGGUCAACCACGCCAAGAACAACCUGCAGAGCGAGCUCGUCUCACAGCUGUACAAGCACGAGAAGUUCGACGAGUUGCUGGACGAGUCCAACCAGAUCGCGCAGCGCCGCCAGGAGGCCGCCGACAUGCUGCAGGCGCUGCAGAAGGCCUCGCACAUCAUCAGCGAGAUCCGCGAGACGCAUCUCUGGUGAUGGUGAGGCUGACCGGAAGCGGAAGACGCCGUGUGUUUGUUGCGUGCGUGUGGCGUGCGCGUGGUGGCCGCUGUGACAAAUCGACGUGGAUCCCGUGUCAUUCCUGACAGAGCUCCCUAUCCCGCUAUUUCAAGGCGUCGCCACGCUCCCUGAUCACCGUUAUUUUAACGCCCGAUUUGUUUGUUGACAAAGCGGCUUUUAUUGGGUUUUGUUUUAGAGAUGCUCACGUGUCAGGCAGUGUUGUCAUAUUUAUUAUCCCAUUCGAUUCUUAGUCUUACCCAGCGCGCCAAAGCGGCCGUUUUCCGGCGCUUCUUCUCAGUCUUACUGAUGACGGAUGUGUGUGUAACCAUUGCUUUGUGACUCCUGUUUUAACGGUUUCGCAGCGGAGACUUGAUCCUCCAAAUUUCCAUUUAUUGCUUAUUCGUUAUUGCAACGGUAGGCAGGUAACCCAUUAAGAACUCGGAUCGUAA